ACCAAAAACUACAUUCCAUAUUGACAGAUCUCAAGACAUCAGAAAAUUUGCAAGGUAAGUCGUUUCGCCAGUGUUUGGUGCUAAGGGGAUUUUUCUCUUUUGGUUCAGUUUAACGUCUUUUAUUUUUCAUUCACUCUCACCGGGCACUUACAGUCCAGUUUGAAACAGGUCAUUCAAUUUAGUGAGUUAUCGAUUUUCUUUGGACAAAAACGUUAAAAAGCGUUUCCUUAAUGAGGUCUACGCUCUAUAAACGAUUAAUAAUACCAGAAAAAAUGAUCAUUAAGACCGCAAUUGUUUUACGUUAAAAGUACUGACUUUUACCACUGAGACUUUACUUACUAACUUAAUCCCCCCUGAUUUGUGCUCUGUGUUAAUAUCGGAUCGAAUUUGUCCAAGACGUAUUUUUGUGAGGUUCAUUUUUCGACUAGGUACCUGGACAGGUGGGGAAAUCAACUUGUUUGGAUGCAAUGUACCACCAAUCGUCUUUUUGUAACAAAGGAAGGUAUACAAGAAGAUGUUCGGUUUCACGUAUCCGUAUAUUCGUUCACACCAAAUCUUGUACAAAUAUCAGUUUGAAUUUAGGAAAGGAUAUUCCACUGAACAAACUACUCUUAAAAUUACUGACAAUCUGAAGCUAGCCACUGAUAAAGGUCAAAUAACAUGUGGUUUAUUUCUCGACCUAUUAAAGGCAUUUGACACAGUAAAUCAUAAAAUACUGCUCUCUAAACCAUAUCUAUUUGGAAUUCGGGGUACACCUCAUAAUUGGUUUGAAAGUUACCUGCGGUAUACCCCAAGGCUCGACUCUAGGUCCUCUUUUAUUUUUGCUCUAUGUGAACGACUUACCAAACUGAGUCGACAUACUUUCGGUGCGGAGCUUUGCUGAUGACAUCAAUUUAUUUUACUCUAGCGACAACUUAAAACAGCUUGAAUCCGUAAUGAAUCGAGAGCUUAAACAAAUUUAUAACUACUGUGCUCUAAAUAAGUUAUCUAUUAACACUGCAAAGACCAACUAUAUGUUAGUGUCAUCAUCUAGAUGCUACCCAAAGAUAAAUAUCACUCGUAUUGAACAGAAAGAUUACAUAAAGUACAUGGGAGUUUAUAUAGAUAAACAUCUCAAUUGGCAACCACAGAUACAACAUGUAAAUAAUAAAUUAGCUAAAAAUUUAGGAAUCCUUUCAAAACUAAGAUAUUACAUAGAUCUGAAUAUACUCAAACAAAUUUAUUAUGCUUUAAUAUAUCCCUAUUUGAGUUACGGGAUUCUUGCUUGGGGAUGUACCAGCAAAACCAGAUUAGAUUGUCUUCGUAUUAAGCAUAACAAAUGUCUCCGCACCAUCUUCUUUGUACAUCCUAGAGAUAGUGCUUGCUCCCUAUUUCAAACUCCUAACAAUCCUUAAAUCAUAUAACAUAUAUAAAUUAAAAAUAUACUGCCUUACACAUAGAAUGAGAAAUGAAACUGAUAGCAUUCCAGAGUUUCCUUGAUGUUCUGACUCCAGCAUCGCGUAUACACAAUCAUAAGAUUUGUCAGUAACCUAGUAUCCACCAACUUAGGUAAAGACGUCCUUUAAAUUCUCCGCUCCAAAAAUCUGGGAGACUUUACCGCCUGGUCUCAAGUGUCUGCCAUUAUCAUAAGUUUAAGAAAGAAUGGAAGUCCUAUCUUCUUACCAACCAAAUCUGACCUUGCUUAUAUGCUCUAUCACUGAUAUUAUCUGAGAUUUUACUUCCUCUCUUUACUGCUGCCAAUUAUCUAAACAUGACGGUGUCCAACAAGAAAGCUCUUGCUACUUUGGACACUGUACACAAAUGAACUUAAUAUCUUUUAGUUAAUUAUUAUUUAUCGGCUACUUUAUUUUCCUAUCUGCGUACACUUGCGUAAAUAUCUUAUAUAGUGUGAUAUAAAUAAUGGAAUUGAAUGGAAUUGAAUUGGGACAGUUUGCAGUCUGGAAAGACUUCCCCGGUUUAUUUACUUUAUUGACUUUAUUUAUUAUAUCUAUUUAUUUUUAGGGCCAUGAAGUUUCCGUUGGUCUUAUGCCUUUUGCUCUUUUGCAGUACUGGUCAAGCAAUUGGUUAGGGCCAAAAGUCAUGAAUAAUUGUAAUUUUUGUUGACCUAACUCUAGGAUUUAUCUUUGGGUAAACAGAUCAGAUAACACAGAAUCCGAUCGUAAAAGCCUCGCAAAGAAAUGAAAUGAUGAAAGAAAGAUGGAAGAAGCGUGAAUGAGAGGCAUACCAUGAUCCUAACGCGAGGUUUGAAGAUUUAACAGCAAAUGCAAUUUCCAAAAAAAAAUCUGAAGAAUUAGUAGAUUAGGGCGGAUUUUUUUAGCUAAUGUAUUUUACAAGAAUAGUAUACAUUGCAUGGCAUAACAAAUAAGAGGAAAUUACCUUGCAUUGUAUGUUGUUGCAAUUAACAUAAAACGGUGUCAGAUGAACCUUGAACUGAAAAGUAUAAACUGGGGAAUAGGCCAUUCGCACGAUGGCGUCAUUUUACUACUACGACUAGAAUCCGUUUCGUUUUUCUUUUCAUAUUUACAUUUGGUAAUCCCAGCGAAGUUUAAAUAAAAAAGCCCGAAAUUGCACUAGAAAGCAAUAUCUGAAGGAUUCUGGUCGUAGUAGUAAAAUGACGUCAUCGUUCAAAUGGCUUGUUAUAUCCAGGAAAUAUUAAGUUACUUUUUUGGUGCUCUUUUUUUUACUUCUACCCACAGUGUAUCACGUAAAAGUAAGAACCUCUUCAUAUGCUCACGCUGACACGGAUGCAAAUGUAUGGAUCAAAAUACAUGGUAACAACGGCGUCACAGAUCAAAUACAACUGCAUGACCCAACCAGAGAUGACUUCGAGAAGAACAGGUACCUGACUUCCUCUAUUCAGUCUCCAGAGGCUUAUGGAGCGUUUUUACUCACGGGGCUAACAGCCAUAUUUAAAACAAAUUGGUACAAAAGAAAGCGUAAAAAAAAAUUUUUUAGAAUUGUAAUUUGUAAUUUGUUUACCCACGUAGCACUUAGGAGUUCUCGAGAACUCGUUGAAUUGUGUCCGUACGUUCCAGAUCGAAUUGGAAUUUGGAAGUGUUGGUUUUUUUGGGUGAGAACGCACAACAAACUCAACCCACAUAUGAUGUCGACGCCGGGAUCUGAACCCGGGCCACAUUGGUGGGAGGCGAGUGCUCUCACCGCUGCGCCAACCUUGCGCUCGUUCACAUGCCACAGGACCGGUUUGGGGCACCAAUAUGGCCGCCGUUUUAUUGUUUGGGACACCAAGAUGGCGGAAGUGACGUCAUGUGGAAUUCAGAGUUUCCGUACAGGAGUUAUAUUUAAAAGGAAAGGGCUAAUUGUGAGGCUGAGGGCUUCGGAAGUUUUUCUUGUUUCCCACAAGCAAUUAAAAUAUGUUCCAUGAUAUUAAAUUUCAUUAAAUAUAAGAAGUUGCCGCUACCUAUUCACCAGACUAUAAUUAUAAAAAAUUAAAACUUGAAGCAAAAGGAGCAAACACAAAGAAACAAACAGUCGCAAAAAAGCGUGGAGACGGUAUUGGAAAAUGUCACUCCAAACUACCUUUAUCCUCUAUUUUCGAAUCAUUAUAAUACACUUUUUUGCACCCCCUCCCCCCAAACGUUGCAUAAUCUAUUGCUUUUAAGCGCUCCAUACUACCAAGAGCAUCAGUUUGACAAUAAUAACUUAUGCAAAAUGUGGGGAUAUUGGAAAAAGAACUUAUAUUUCAACUUUUUAUUUUUUAUUGUAGUGAGGACGAUUUCACUGUCGAGGGUAGAGACGUAGGACGCGUGAAAGGUGUAGAAAUUUACCGAGAUACCUCUGGCUGGGGAGAUGGUUGGCAUCUGGAGUCAGUGAGUUACUAAGCAAAAUGUAUCAAAUGGGGAAAGUUUCCUUACAUUCAUUUUCUUACAGUUAUCGUAAAAGACCUUUUUCGCAAUAAUACCUGACAACCGAAGGCCGAGGAGGGAGGACAUUAUCCGAUGAAACGCACCUUUUGUUUUAGAGCCAGCAGGUCAUUAUUGCUGCUACUGAAGUGGCUACUAAAUUAAAGUCGUAAUAAUGACCUCCUGUUACACCUAGGUUAUGUGUUCUUCUGUUAAUUGAAAACAACGAAAAGGUACAUCAGAUGGAUUUUGAAGACUAUUAUGGUAUGCCCAGAGGAAAAAACGUAUGUCUUUCCAUAGAACGGUCUCUCUCGCUCUACUUAUACCGAUUAAUCAAGGACUGUUUAAAGACGAGCAGACCCCAGUUGUUCGAAGAGUGGAUAGCGCUAUCCACAGAAUAAGUUACUAUCCACUGGAUAGCGCAAUUGGUUAUCGUAAUACUUAUCCUCUGGAUAGUGAUUUAUCCGGUGGAUAGCGCUAUCCAACUUUUGAACAACCGGGGCCAGGGGUGUAUUAUCAGGUUUAAAAUUCUAGGCGAAGCCAAGAGUUUGUAAUAACACACGACUGCGAGUUUUUGAACGGCCUCAGAAUCUGUUGUAGAUCAACUCAUUCUUGCACUAAUAUUUUGAUUUGCGGAUAUUUUGGUCUUUAACGAAUUGGACGUAAAGUUAAGCCGUGUCUUUACCAGAUAUAAAGACACUCAUUAAAUAUUAAUUUCUCUUGUUUUUUCUUUAUGAAUUAUUAAUAAGUUUUUUGAAAUAAACUAAGUUACUCACUACCAUGUCUGUUUUAUCACAGAUUGGAAUUAAAAAAGGAGAUCAACCGGGAUAUAGACAGUUUAUGUACAGCUACUGGGUAGACGCGGACAGGUGGAUUCCAAUACCUCGUAAGUGUCAAACUCGGAAAGCUGUGAACAAGUUAGGCUAAGAAACAACUAAAACAACUUUAUAACUAAGUAUUGCCACAAUAACAUUCUAGAAAUAUGUCAACAUGGUCUCCACAAUUUUUUGAGAGUUUUAAAGCUAGUUGUUAUGUCUGCAGAACAUGUUUUAAUGUAAACGUUUGUGUUGUAUGCUGUCUGAAUGAAUACUUUUUUUAAAAAAACUGGACUGGUUGUCUGUAUGCAUGUAUCCGUUUCGUUAAAUACGCUUCGAUAUAUGCUUUUUUAUUGUAUACAUUACUUUUCUGUGUUUAUCAUGGUAAACACAAAUUUUUGCUCUGCACAAUGUUGAAGUAUAAUUUUCUGUUGUAUACAUUUAAACCUACUUGUACAUUGUUGUUGAAUACAUUUCUAUGGUAUACUACAAAGAUGUAUACGUUUUUGUUCGAUAUAUCUUCGUUUAUGUACUUUGCAUUUAUUUUUGUUGUCAACGUUUUUGUUACAAACGUUUAUAAUAAUGUAUAAAUUAGGUUUAUGUCGUAUACAUUUUUGCUGUAUGUAGUUUUUUAAUAUAUUUUUUUUUUGAUACAGUUUGUUGUAUACUUUUUGUUGUAAACCAUUUCUACUUUUUUGGUCAACAUUUUCGUCGUCAGUACGAGGUUUUUGUUGGAUAAUUGUUUCUUGUAUAGGUGUUUGUUACACACGUUUUGUUGGACAAAGUUUUGUCUAAUUUUAUGCGAUAUGCAUUGUUGUCGUAAAUUUGUUUUGUUACAUAGUCCAUUUUGUAUGCUUUUUUUUGGUUUACGUGUUUGUUGAAUAAAUUUUUGCUAAGUACGUUUUUAUUAUAUACAUUUUCGUCGUAUACAUUUUAGUGAUGUAUCCUUUGUUGAUGUAAAAAUUUCUUAUAUGUAUACUUUUUUCUUGUAAACGUUUUUUGCAAACAUUUUUGCUGGAAAACGUGUUUCGUUGCACACUUUUCCAUUGUAAUACACUUUUGUUGUAUACUUUUUGUUGUAUUCAUUUUGGUUGAAGAAUAAAUUCUCAUUGUUUUUCCGAAAACUUACAUCAGCUGUAAAAGCAAUUUUGGACUUCAUCUGUAUGGUGAUUUAUCAUCAAUAUAGGUAUAUGCUUACAGUGUGUACGACACAACUGCAAGACUAUUUUCAGAAGAUGAACCGAAAUCUUAACAAGAGGCCUGCUAUGAGUACUAAUAACACUUUAUUUAGAAUCAGACUGCAUACGUCAUUUCCAAUACUUUGUGGAGCCAUUAGGUGUAGAUGUAUUGAACAGACUUGUCCACUUCAAAGCCACCGAUAAUUGUAUUGACAGCUACAAAUUGCUGCUGAAAUCUCCACAGUGUAAGUCAGCCUUCUGGUGACCUACAUGUAGUUAAGAAAACGCUUUCAAGGAGGUACAUUACCUUCACAUUUGCUGCGGAAUUAGUUAGGCAAGACCCCCUCUUAAAAUAUAAUACAGUGAACAAUAAAGUUUGUCGCCAAAAUGUACCACUGUCC